AUGGGGCUAAUGCGAAAUCUUUGGAAUAAUAGUAGAAAAUUGGAGGCUUUGAUAAUGGUGGCGGUGGCCCGGUGCUGCUGCUACAGAGGAAGAGCUGGAGCAGCCAACCUUGAUGUGAUUCAAGUAGUGGAGUAUGUAAGAGAAGAGGCCAUUAAAUCCUUCAAACAAGGAGCGAACGACGUGUUGAUUGCCACGGAUGUUGCUUCAAAGGGUAUAGACUUCCGUAACAUCCAACAUGUUAUCAACUAUGACAUGCUAGCAGAAUUUGAGAACUAUGUUCAUAGGAUUGGCCGAACUGGACGAUGUGGAAAGACCGGGAUCGCAACAACCUUCAUCAACCGGAAUCAGCGUGAAACCACUCUUCUAGAUUUGAAGCAUUUAUUACAAGAAGCAAAGCAAAGAGUACCUCCUCUAACCGCAGCAGAUUUGAUGCAUUUCGGUGUGAAUUCGAUCUAG